AAAGAGGUAAAAUCGAAACUCUUCCAUGAGUCCAGCUUCACAGAAAUAGUUUGUUUCCCUCUCUGCUUUUCAUCGUUUGGGAGUCUUGGAAAAAAUGAACGGCUCUUUGAUUCCUCAUACAAAAUAUGUGGAUAUAAAACUGCGGCGGGGACCUGCAGGUCUAGGGUUUAAUAUUCUUGGGGGUGUGGACCAGCCAUGCAGGAUGGAUGAUAAUGGCAUCUUUGUGAGUAAAAUAAAGGAAGAUGGAGCAGCAGCGCUUGAUGGACGGCUGAAAGAGGAAGACAAGAUUCUUGCUAUAAAUGGACUCUCACUGGAGAACCGGACUCACAGAGAAGUGGUGGAGAUGUUCCGGACGGCGGGCGAGAACGUCGAGCUCCGCGUUCUAAAAAAGUCGCCUUGUCUAACAAACGGACCAGCGGACUCCCCUCCUGAACGCCAGUCCUCCAUGUCCUCUCUGGGAAUGUUGGUGUUAUUUGCUGGAGCUGUAUCAGUCUUCAUAAUAGCCGCCCUUUAUAAACGGCGUAGAUAGGAGGAACCUUUUUUUUUUUAUUUUAAUCAAAUUUGACAAUGUCUGUAUGUUAAUUUUAGCACCAAAAACUUUGCUAAAUGCCAAAAAAAUGCCAAAAAAAAGAGCAAAAGAAAGGAAGAGUGUGACCUUUCUUUGAUUAGCAGCUAAUGGUGUAGCGAUUUAUUCUUUUGCAUAUUCUGUGAUGAAUGGUAGCUUCUUGUGUUUUUUUCCUGCGCAGGAAGAUGCUAUUUUACCAUCAGGGUUGUUUUCUACAGAAAAUGAUCUACCGUGUGGAGAUGAAGGGUCACGACAUUCCUGCUGUGUGGCUGCGCCCCGCUAUAAGCAGCUGAGAGCUAAUGAACAACAGCGCCUGAAGUAAACGAUUGACAGAAGCUCCAGUCAUUCAUGAAAUGAAAACCCUGUUUCUGUUUAGUCAUGCAGGUCCCUGACUGAACGCCACGCCUGACCUUCAGGUCAGUGAGCGUGAGAGCACUAAGGCUUUUUUUUUUAUAUAGUGCCUUUUCUCUAGAGCAAAUAUCAACCAAAUGCUCUGUGACAUCAUCAAUAUAAUAACUACAUUAUAAUAUCCAGCUUAUUUAUUAAGGGUUAAUACAAACAAUUUGCUCCAUUUAAAGUUGGUAUAUUUAGUAAAACAUCUGAUUAUUCUUUAAAGAUCUCAAAGCAUCUGCUGGAUGGGCCUAUUUUUAGCUGCGGAUGAAGACACUACUUGGUUUGUGUUCACUGCUGAUUUGUGAUUGAUUAAUUACACAAAGCAGCAGCUUGACCCAAUAAAUGCUUCAAUAGUUUUCAAUAACGGGACUGAUUGAUACAGACCAGUACACUAAAGAUGAUCAGUAGGUCUUUAUAAGUCGGUUCAUUGUUGGUUUAGCUCAGUUUAUCUGAGCUUUUAAAUCGAUAUUUUUUCUAUAUGCAUAACUCGGUUAUUUUAGGUUUUUAUUAGCUGUAAAAAUCUAAAUUAGCUGAAUUACACUUUUGACUUGAAAUCACUUUUUUUAAUGGAAGUAGGUUUUCAUUCGUCUGAUUUUCCGAGAUGCGUUUGCGACACAAAUCAUCAGAAGAGGUUCUUUUUUUUAAAUCAAGGUCUUGCAGAGAUACGAUAAUAUGAGAAAGGGCUCUGUUUUGUUUUUUGUUUAAUAAAACAAAACAUUUAAUUUAUUGUAUCAGACCAGCAGCAGUGUUGAAAUGAGCUUCUGUCACGAUCUUUUAGUUUUGCACUAAAGUAGCAACCAUGGAGCUUUUCCAGUCGCAGCCAUGGGACGGGUCUAGACAGGAAUUUAUAGAAAUAUGUUAUAGUUUUUAUUUUUUUUUUGGUUGGAUCACAUCGGUGUCUCUGUGUGCAGUUUAUGUUGUCAAUGGAUUUCUGCUAAGUGAGAUUGUGAAUAUGUGCCAGGGAAGAAAAUAAGAAGCACUAGAAAUUAUGCAAAUGUUCUCUGUUUGACAUCCAGACAUGUAA